CUAGUGCGGUUCUGGACGGUCAACGCGGCAAGACUAUAAAGGAGACCACGGCACGACGGAAAAAUUCCACAUCAACCAACUCCCUCAACGACAUCGAGCCUCACCGCCUCGCAUAGAACCUAGACACAAUGGCUUCCUCCUCUGUCCGCUCUCUCUUCUCGCGCGCCGCGCCCAAGGCCACCAAGGAGGCCGCCAAGAAGGUCUCUUCCCCUCCCGCGACCCAGACCCGCAGCCUCGCGACCACUGCCGACGUGCCCACUGGCGCUGGCUUCUGGGACGCUGUCAAGGCCCGCCGCACCUACUACAACCUCCAGAACAAGUCGAGCGUCUCGGAUGCCCGCCUCGAGGAGAUUGUCGCCGAGGCGCUCAAGUACGGCCCUUCGGCGUUCAACAUCCAGAGCACCCGCGCUGUCCUCGUCCUCGGCGACAAGCACAAGCAGGUCUGGGACGUCAUCUACGACUCGCACAAGCCCAACAUGGGCGACGAGGCGGCGCAGAAGGCGCAGAAGGAGAAGUUUGACGCCGUCUACCGCGGCGGCUACGCCACCAUCUGCUUCUUCGAGGACACGGUCACGACCGACAAGUUCCUCGAGACGAUGCCCUUCCUCAAGGGGAAGUUCCCCCUCUGGACCGCCAACACGGCCGGCAUCGCCCAGUACAUUGUCUGGGCGGGCCUCGCCGCCGAGGGCAUGGGCGCCAACCUGCAGCACUACAGCCAGUUCCACGACGACAACCAGGCCGCCAUCAACAAGUUCCUCGGCGUCCCCGAGUCGUGGGUCGGCACCGCGCAGAUGGUCGUCGGCGUCCCCUCUGACCGCGGCGCACCCGGCGCUCCCGAGUUCCCCAAGACGUGGAACCCUACCAGCGACAAGCUCAAGGUUGUGCAGUAAGCGACUGAGUGACCGAGCGCUCGCUCCUUCGCUCCCUCCCUCGCACGCACGCCUUGUCCGUCCGACAGAACAGAAUAUGUUUAUAGAGCUAGACCCAUAAUGCAUCCUGUAGAAUAGCAUGUCAACCAUUCGCCUCCUCCUCUUCACUGCUCUCCUCGCUCUCGCACUCGCGUACCACCUCUACUCCUCUUCCAAGAUGACCAACGCCCUCUUCAACUCGCCCAUCGAGCAGGCCAUCACCGCCCGCCGCACCUACUACGGCCUCACCAACAAGCCCCUCCCCAUCUCGGACGCCGACGUCCAGAAGAUUGUCGAGGAGGCGAUCAAGCACACCCCCUCGUCGUUCAACACGCAGACCUCGCGCGCUGUCCUCGUCCUCGGCGACAAGAACAAGCAGCUCUGGGACGCCAUCUGGGCCGCCCAGAAGGAGCUCCUCCCCGAGGCCGCCCAGGCAGGCUUCAAGGAGAAGUUUGACAACGCCUACUCGUCGGGCCACGGCACCGUCGUCUUCUUCGAGGACGCCGAGGGCAUCAAGAAGUUCAUCGACGGCUCGGCCGCGUUCGCCGCCAACAUCCCCACCUGGUCGGCCAACACCAACGGUAUCGCCCAGUACAUUGUCUGGUCGACCCUCGCGACCCACGGCAUCGGCGCCAACCUCCAGCACUACGGCCAGAACGUCGCCCCCGUCCAGGCCGCCAUCCAGAAGUUCCUCGGCGUCCCCGAGUCGUGGACCCUCGUCGCCGAGCUCCCCUUCGGCGUCGCCGCCGGCGAGCCCGGCUACCCCGGCGUCCCCAAGGCCUUCAACCCCAUCGAGGACCGCGUCAAGGUCGUCGCCUAA